GUUGGUUCCUGUUGCUCCUGUAUUUAUGGUCGUGUGGUUCGCUUUUUCAUCCAUAAUAAGUCUAACUUGCAGUUUCCAUUGUUUAUUUUCCAGAAAAAAAUAAGGAUUUUAAUGCAACACGAGUUGAUUCGCAUUGAUGUGCCUAUAUUUCUUUCUUCAUGGUAAUGACGCAUCUGUGACGUUCGCGAUUCAGUCUGAGUCAUAAGCGAACAUGUACUCCGCCCCAAGUGAGGUGGAGUCGGCGAUCCAGUCAGUGCUGAGCUCACUCAACCUACAUUCGCUGAGCACGGAUGAGCUCAAACAGCUUCUUAAUGAAGAUGACAAGCUAAAUGACAAGAUAAAUGAUGCUGGAGCUAUCCAGGCAUUGCGCAACAAGCGUGACUUUGCAGUGGCUGGCAACAAGUCGUUGGCUGAGUACAACCUGUCACGCCAGCCACGUAUCAUGGAGCUCAAGAGCCUUGUGCGUCAGCAGCUAGAGGAAGCCGAGAGCCAGGAGCAGCAGAUCCGAGAGAAACGAGACAAUCUCAAUGUGGUGGACCAGCCACUGGACACGACGCUGGCGCUGCUGCAGACGGCCGCCGCUCAGGCCGAGGAGGAGUCCGAGAACCUGGUGCAAUCGAUGCUCCGUGGCGAAAUGUCCAUCGAUAACUUUCUGGAGCUCUACCUGCCCAAGCGGCAGACGGCCAUCGCGCGUCGCGUCAAAGUGGACAAGCUGAAGGAGCUGCUGCCGUCUGCGGCGUCCUCUGGGGGCGGCGGCGGCGCCAGCGGGCGGUACCGACCGCCGCCGAGCUCGGUGCCCUACCCACCCAGCUCGGUGCCGACGCCAUACCCGGCCAGUCCGGCGGCGCCGUACGGCGGCGGCGUGCCCUACCCGGCCAGCAGCGCUCCCGGCCCAUACCCGGCCGGCCCGGCGUACAUGCCGGCCCCGCCGGCUAUGCCGUACCCGUACGUGCCCGGAGGCAUGCCUCUGCCGCGGUACUGAGCCGCCGUCAGGCAGCUUUGGUGUGGCGGGGGACCGCAUGGAUCGGCUGGAUUUCCUAUUGCGCUAUUUGCAACAUGUGAUCACACUUAUAUUGAGUGACAGCGGCACGCACGCAUGGUGUGGGGCUCCGCCGUCGCACGACUGAUAUCGAUAUUUGCCCGAGUGUUAUACCGAUGAAUGGUAGAUGCAGCAUGUCAAUAUAUGACGGAAACGCCA